UCUACUUAAAUACUACGUCAUUCUUUGGUGAUUCUUUGACUGAUUCGAUUGAAAAAGAACAUACUACGUCUUGUUUUGAAUACUUUUUUUCCAUUAAAAGAAAAUCCCUGUGUGCUUGUGGAAAAAAAAUGAAGGAGAUUCUAAUCGCGUUAUUCGCGAUUAUAGCUGUCUCAUCGGCAGCAGUGAUAAUCAAAGCUGAGGGACAAGAGACACCUCAUCUUUUGGGUGCAAAGGCUUGCACAUGGGGACCUUCUUAUUGGUGUCAGAAUCUCACGACUUCGGCAGGAUGUAGAGCGACGAAACAUUGUAUACAAAAAGAAUGGAUACACAUGAAAGUACCUGAGGAUAAUGACAGUGUUUGUGGUAUUUGUAAGGAUAUGGUUACGCAGGCACGUGAUCAAUUGGAAAGCAAUCAAACACAACAAGAUUUAAAAGAUGUUUUUGAGGGUAGUUGUAAAUUAAUUCACAUCAAGCCAAUUGUAAAGGAAUGCAUUAAACUUGCCGAUGAAUUUGUUCCCGAUCUUGUUGAAACAUUGGCAUCACAAAUGGAUCCAUCAGUUGUUUGCUCAGUCGCUGGUCUUUGUAAUUCGGCUCAUAUUGAUCAAUUGCUACUUGAAUAUAAAGAAGCCAAUACCGAAACAAAGGUAGAGAAGAGGCCAUUUGGUGAUGAUGAACUUGAUCCAAACGAAUGUUCAAAAUGCUUUACAAUUGCAACUCAUAUGGAAAAUAAAUUUCACACAACGUCACGCGAUAAUUUCCUUCAACAUUUACUUAAUAUUUGCGGACAAUUCAGUUCAUUUUCAGAUGCAUGCUCAUCAAUUGUUUUAAUGCAUUUUGAAACUAUUUACGAUCAUUUGCAAAAUAAUUUGAAAGCUCAAAAUAUUUGUCAUCUCUCCGGACAAUGUAGCAGUAAAUUCCACAAACACGAUGACGAGAAGAAUUUGGAAGUUGAAAUUCGUCCAUUGUCCAGUGUUGGAAUGGUUGAAAUCGGCGAUGAUUUGCCUUGCAAAUUGUGCGAACAAUUAGUUACACAUUUAAAAGAACUUUUGGUUGCAAAUACAACUGAGGCUGAAUUUAAAACGGUUCUCGAUGGACUUUGCAAACAGACCCAUUCAUUUGCUCCUGAAUGUAAAUCAAUUGUUGAUCAAUAUUAUCCUGAAAUUUAUUCUUUCCUAACGUCAAAAUUAAAUGGCAAUGAAGUUUGUUUAAUAGCUGGAAUUUGUCCAAUGCCCGAUAAAAGUGUUUAUAAUGGACCAAUUGCACCUCUUUUGCCUGAAACAACGAGAAUAAUUGCUGAGAAAUUUGUCCAAAAUCAACAUCACUCAGAAGCUGAAGAAAUGCAAUUGCCAAUUGAGAGACAUUUGUCAUUUUCUAGUAUUUUAUCACCACGAAUGGACGUUGAAGGCAAAACAACUUGUGCUUUUUGCGAGAUGCUUAUACAUUACGUGCAAGAAGUUCUCACGACUCCAAAAACCGAGGAGGAAGUGAAGCAAGUUUUUGACAAAGUUUGCAUAAAAUUACCAUCGUCAGUCAAAGAUACAUGUGAUGAAUUUAUCAACGCUUACGGCGACGCUGUUAUAGCAAUUCUCGUUCAAGAAAUCGAUCCAGUAAAAAUAUGUCCAAUGAUUAACGUCUGUCCCUCACAAAAACAAUUGGAAUUUUGGGAAAAAAUUCCAUCUGAAAUGAUAAUAAAAACUGAAGUUAAUGACAAACCAAGUUGUCCACUUUGUUUACUUGCUUUGGAACAAAUUUACAAUACUAUUAAAAAUAAUAAAACUGAGGCUAAUAUUGAAUAUCAAUUAAGUAGAUUGUGUACUCAUUUACCAAAGAGUUUAGUUGAAGAAUGCAAUGAUUUAGUUAAGGGAUAUAGUCGUGAACUUAUUGAAAUGUUACUCGCUGAUCUUACACCACAAGAAGUUUGCACCUCUAUUAAAUUAUGCGAUCCUCAAAAACACGUUGGUCCAACAAUUGAUACUGUCAUUAAUUCUUAUCCAGUUGAUAAAAAUGGAGAAAUCAUUACAAAUGAAAUUCCCAAUUUUUCAUUACAUCCAACUGUAAAGAAAUCAUUGAAAGAUGACACCGAAUGUGUAAUUUGUGAAUUUAUUAUGCAAUACUUGGAGAAAGCAUUGAGUAAUAAAAAAACAAAAGAAGAAAUUGAACACGUUGUACAUGUGAUUUGUAAUCAUUUGCCAAAAACAGUAUCCAAGGAAUGUAAUCAAUUUGUUGAUGAUUAUGCGGAAGUUGUAAUUGAUCUUUUAUCAAAAGACGUUAGUCCCAAGGAAGUUUGUUCAAUGAUUAGCCUUUGCAAUACGACUAUGCAAGAUUUUAAAAAAUCAGUUAGCGAAUGUGCUCUAUGUAUGGAUAUUGAAUCGCACAUUUACAAAAAAGUUGGCGAUACAAAAGACGUUGAUGAGAUUGAGGCAAUUAUUUCCAAAGUUUGUAAAUAUUUAUCACCAGUUCAUGAACAUAAAUGUACGAUGAUGAUGGAAAUAUACGAACCAAGUAUGAUUAAUAUAAUGAAUAAUUAUGAGGAAUCGCCAAAAAUUUGUAGUAAACUUGCCCUUUGUUCAAAAAAUGAAUAUUUGAUGUUAGUCGAUAAACAUAGAGAAAGGCGCGAUAUCAUUGAAGGUAAUAAAGAUUGCACUUGGGGUAUUAGUUAUUUGUGUUCCAGCAAAGAAGCAACAAAAAAAUGCGACGUCGAAGAGUACUGCAGGAGAAUUAAUGAAUUCAAUGAUAAAACAUCUAAAGAAACAAAUUCGCAAUAACGCGAAAUGCGAAAAUAACUUUUCGAUCAAAAUAUAGAUCAAAUAUUAAAAUAAUUUUUAUACUGAAAUGAAAAUUCGAUGACAAAAACGUUUUUUUUUUAAAUAAAUAUGAAAAAAGUAAUUCAUAAUUUGAAAACUUUUUGCAUCAAUGUAUAACAAUUACUUAAUAAAUCUUAUAUCGUUUA